AUGAUGCAGACGGCAAUAUUAACAAUUAUAUUAAUGUCAUCUGUUGUCACGGUUGAUUUGAAAAACAUCACAUCUAGUAGCACGGGCAGUAUAGAACUUGACGAUGACGCUGAAAUUGAAACAAUUUGUGCCGCAAGAAAGUGCUUAAAAAAGUGUUGUUGGAAAAACGAGUACGUUUCUACUGAUACAUACAGCUGUGAACGUUUCGAUAUGAAUUUGGACUUUUCAAAUGUACCGGUUUACGAUGACUACGAUCAUUAUCAAAAGAUUAGCAAGUCUCUGCGUGAUAUAUUCCUACUGGUGCCUGGGAUGUUUUAUGAAAAACUGACAAAUGAAAAUUCGGAAAAUGAAAUAUUUGCCACAAAUGCGAUAUCAUUGGAGAAUAUCGGCAAGUUCGCAUAUAUGACUGAGAGUGGAAACCUUUAUUACGAGGAACGAAAUUCAUAUAUUAGGUGGAAUAAAGUAGAGUUAUUUUGCGUGGACUAUGAAGUCACGAAUGCCAAUGCUACUGUUCAAUAUUGGGCUGUCUUUAGUUCUAACGUCAAAGAACCUUAUGUCCCGCACGAUUAUUAUUCUUAUGCACUGUUGAUAUCAUCGGUGUUUCUGUACAUCGUGCUGUUGGUUUACAUCAUCCUACCGGACCUGCGGAACCUUGCGGGUUUGAUACUGAUGGCCUACGUCUUUAGCCUAAUGGGUGCUUUCCUGUCUUUGGCAUCUCUAAAGUUAGCGAAUAAAACACAGAGUACAUGCUAUAAUUUAACCGUUGUAAUUUAUUUUUUCUUCUUGUCAACUUUCUGCUGGAUGAAUGUGAUGUCAUUUGAUAUAUGGUGGACUUUUCGGGGAUAUGCAAAGGCUAGGCCAAUACACAGACGGGGAGAAAAAUUCAAAUUCGGCAUGUACUGUAUCUACGCUUGGGGUAUUCCAACGUUAAUGGCUAUCGGUCUAGUCGUAAUUAACAACGCUGAUUUAAGUCAUAUACCUUGGUUCAUUAAGCCCCACCUACUUCAAAAUGGAUGUUUUUUGGGAGGUGUUUAUAAGCUAUUAUACCUGUAUGUUCCGAUGCUAAUAUUGAUAAUAUGCAACUGGAUGUUUUUCCUAAUGACUGCGUUUAACAUUUGGAGAUUAUGUCGUGGCAGCUCCGUGCUAGAGUCUGGGGCUGCUGGUAGCCUUACCGCCCAUCGAUCACAGAGGAAUAGACUUAUGGUGUAUCUCAAAUUGUCUAUUAUAAUGGGGAUAAACUGGUUAAUUGAAAUUGUAAGUUUCAUAACACCAGAUCUAAAAAUAUGGAUAAUCACUGACUCUUACAAUCUCCUGAUCGGUGUUUCUAUAUUUUUCAUUUUCGUAUGUAAGUGGAAAAUUUACAGAACACUUCGGGAAAGGUAUUACGGAUUUGUCAACAAUAAACUGAAACUUAGCGAAGGCAAAUCCAAUCAGCAGCACGCUGGAGUCUAA